CUACGGAAACGACAUGUCGAGCUAUUGCGUAUUCUUUGAGUAGUAACUACAACGCUUCUUUCAAAUGGGGCCCCAGUGUUGAACUCGAAGUCAUGUUCGCUGCACAAAUUGACGUUUAAGAAAGCAAUGGAAUAAGAGAAGGCACAAUCAUCUGAUUCGACGAUUGCAUGAGAGCUAAAUCUAUUAUGAUUAAACUGGUUGAUAGCCUCUUCAUGGAAAAGUACAAGUUGUGUGGAUAUGAUGGUGUGAGUAACUGGAAAAAGCAAUGGACAUUGUCAGACAAUGAAAAGCUUCUAUUUGUUAUCAAUGACAACUCUAACCACUGGACACUUAUGGUUGGUGAACCCAAGAAGAAAACUAUGAUGUACUAUGACUCAUUGGGUGGCAAUGGAAAAUCGUACUUUGAAAUUAUACAGAACUUCCUAAUGAAGCGAUUUGAGAGCUAUGGUUGGAGUCAUCAAGUAGCUGAAAAUAUUCCCCAUCAAUUCGAUGGUUACGAUUGUGGCGUAUUUCUUUGUGAAUAUGCUCGCUGUGUAAUGCUGCAAAAACCAAUGGAUUUUCUCAGGACUCCAUGCCUCAUAUCAGAACGAGGAUAACAGCAGAAUUAGAGUCAGAUUGACAGUCACACUACUGGUGGUUCUGGUAAUCUUGAGAUUUGGAUAGAGUGCAAGUAAGUAUUGUUAAUUUUAAUUAAGUGGCUGGACUUCAUUGCAGGUCAUUACAACGAACAGCUAGCACUUGGAGACAAUGAUGCUUCUAAGAUCUAAUUAAAUAAUUCAUAAAUUCAUCAUCAACAAUGACAUGUCUUCUGUAUAGAUAACCAUGAUGAUCUAAACACAUCUGAAGUAGAAUUUGCUUCGAAUGCUUGCAAUGACUUUCCUGAUCAGACUGAUGUGGUUGUGAGCGACAUGCACGUGCAUAAUAUGAUACGUAAUGUGACAUGUUCAGUGAUAGAAUGUCAUUGUAAUAAUACCCUUCAUGUAGAUAUGUUCGAGCAACACAGAUUACUGCUAAUUGAAAUUAUUUUAACUUAAGUUAUUAAUAUAAUUACAGUAGUAUUUAUUCAAUCAUCUGUCCAGGACACUAAUUAGAACUGACUAAAUUACACCCUACCUAAA